AUGGCCAGCAUUCGAAGUCCAGAGUCUGUAUCAUGUACCGCCACAGCUGCUAUGCCCUGCACUGAGCCUUGCGAAGAGGAUCCGCAUAAUCCUCCUAGAAGUGCACAAAACAACGCAAUGGUUGACGAGAUAUGGACUCAGGAUGAAGAACAUCACGGAGAAAACUUUGAUCCUGAUGCUUUAUUGCCUCGUGUUUUGCGGCCAGAGGCAGGCGAAUCAGAUUUGCAGUACCUUCCCUGGAGUGGUCCUUUUGAUGAUCUCUUGACGCACAACUUCAUGCCGCGGUGGUGGUCAGCAAUUACCUUUACCAGUAUUGUUAUAUCAUAUUUAUUGUGGCUGAACUGGGCGAGUAACGGCAAAACCACAAUUGCAAUGUCAAGUUCCUUCGAUUACUAUAUUUCUCUAUCAUCUAUAGGUGGUUUGAUUGGAAAUUUUGGUUUUUUUGUCGUAUGGCUUUGGAGACGCUCGCUGGUAGGAAGUUGCUUGCUAUCAAUAUCCAUCUCGACGGGGUGUUUCAUUCUUAUCCGUUCAUUGACUUCGACGUUGGCUUUACAAGACGGUCAAAGCUUUUGUGGUGAGGAAGUGGUAGCCGGGUGGACAUGGAGGACUGGACCGCCACCUCCGAUCACUCCAAGCUGUCAGGAUCGUGUCGAUUUGCAGCAGAGCAAACUUUUUACCGAAGCACUCUAUAGGGCACAAUUUGCCCGCAUGAUUGAGAUUACGCUACCAGCAGGCAAUGCCUCCAUCCUUGCGUUCUCCAUGGCCGACUUCCUCAAAAUAAAAAACGACUCUGUACUGUGCUACCAGGGCUUUCAGGGAAACCAGGACCUUUACGGGAUGGGUAUUCGAUAUGGCAUUUACCUUCAGUGGAUCGCGUCCAUACUUUCGAACAACUUCCUCCCAGGUACUCGGCUCGAAAUUCAAAGCUUACAUCUACUCUUUUCUAUCGGCAUUUGUGUCGCUACCUUGGUCUUCACCUUCAGAAAGACUUGUACCUUCAGCAUUGAAAUUGAAGUGCUAUAUUGGCUAUUCUGGGGUGGCUUCGUCGGUGUCGUAGCAGCUUGCCCGAAUCAACUCCGUUUAGGAGGAACUCAACGUGCUCGAAUGCUUGGUCUGAACUGGACUAUGGCAACGCUGUUUGUCACCGCCAGCCUCAUGACAUAUCAUAUGAUUUGGUAUUUCUCUUGGGGUUAUGAUCAAAGUUUCUCACGUAUGCCCUGCGGCACAUGGCAUUUUCUCAUCUUGGCACCUAUUCUAGACCCGAGCGAAGCUUUCUGCUUUAGCAGAGAUGGUAUCACAUUACUCACACUGCCUUAUGCGCACCUUCUGGGCAUUAGCAUCCCAGUGCUCACCUUUCUUACCAUCCCAGAGAUAUUGGGCGCAAUUGGCAGCUCGAGAUUAUGUCGGUUCUUGAUGACAAGGACGGAUGAGCCCCCCGAGUCAACUACCCCCACCAUGUCGAGGAAGAGACUUCGAGACUCCUGGAAGAGGAUCUACAGGUGGCUUUGUAUAGUUUAUCAUGGAAUACGUCACAUAAUUGGCCUUCCGGCGCACAACACGGGUGGGAUCCGCUUGAUAACCCCUUUGGAUAUUGCUGUACGGAGGUGA